CGCGAAUGGUGAAGUGCAGCCAUCCAUUCCUCCCGAAAAGUGGGACCCGAACAGUCCGGAGCUGCGGAGGAGCGGAUAUUCCGCGCUUCACUCUGACUGGGCUUUCUCGCCUGGCUCGUGCACGGGGUCCCCAAUUCCCCCUAGCAUGCUGGAGCUCACACGACUUCGAAUCGGUCGGCUCCAGAAACUUUUUCGUGACGGGAGACCGGCGCUGUUCGAGAGAAAUCCGGGACGUGGAACUUUUUUCUUCCCCCAUUUGCGAUCGAAACACCCAGCGAAUACCUCAAUCCACCAAUUGCCCUGCGACCGCAUUGUACAACACCUUUUUUCCUUCGUUGACUUGUUAUUUCGUUACGUUGUUACUGGGCCUUCGAACAGCUCAGCAACAACUCAACCUCGACCAACCGAAUGGCGUCCCAGAUGAAGAGGUUAAGGAUAUCAAGAUGCACCGGGCAGCAGCUCCUCAACGCCCAGGCCAGGACACACGCCUCGCCGUGCCUGACGCCCAUCUCCUUUAGAACACAGCUUCACAGCAGCAACCCGGCGCGGACACUAUCGACUUCCUCCCCGUCCUCGGCAGCAGUAGCAGAAGCAUCAUCCGACGCCUCCUCGCCCGACAUCACCGCCGCCGCCGCCACGCCCGCCCCGAAGAGGUCGAACAUACUCCCGUCACCCGCCCCCGAAAAGGCUCUCCAGUCAGCCAAGCUCGCCGCCCUCCACGCCCGCCUCUCCCUGCCCGGCAAGCUGCCCCUCCAGACCCUCGCGCGCACCCUCGUCGACCCCUCCGCCGACCCGAGCCCCAACUUUAACAACGCCAACCUCGCCGUCGUCGGCGGCUCCCUCAUCAGCUACCACGUCUCCGAGUGGCUCAUCGCCCACUACCCCCGCCUCCCCAUGGCCAUCCUCUACGAAGCCAUGCGCGCCUACGCCGGCUCGGACUCGCUCUACCGUGUAGCCUCCCAGUGGGGCGUCGAGAGCGCCGCCGCCCCCGGAGGCGAAGUCGACCCGGGCCUGCUGCAGUUCUCCCAGAACCCCGAGGCCGAGGGCAUCGUCCACGGCCGCUGGGGCUACAUCCGCAAGGAACACGCCCACCUCGACAAGUUCAAGUGGCGCCGCUCCGUCUCGUCCCGAGUCGUCCUCGACGACGAAUUCGGCGACGUCCUGCACAAGCCCAAACGCAACCCGUUCGAGCCCAAGCCCGACCCCCAAGACCCAGCCAUCUUCAAGGAGCAGCGCGAGAAGAUCCGCAACGACGCCCACGCGGCCCACGUCCGCGCCGUCACGGGCGCGGUAUACGCCCACGCCGGCCGCGACGCCGUGCGCGCCUUCAUCGACGCCCACAUCCUCAGCCGCCGUGUCGAGCUCGAGAAGCUGUUUAGCUUCAAGUUACCCACGCGCGAGCUGGCGAUGCUCUGCGCGCGCGAAGGGUUCGAGGCGCCCGUCGCGCGGCUCGAGAGCGAGACGGGCCGUCUGAGCAGGACGCCCGUGUACGUCGUCGGCAUCUACAGCGGGCGCGACAAGCUCGGCGAGGGGACGGGCGCCAGCCUGGACUUUGCGCGUCUGCAGGCUUCGAUGAAUGUUCUCAAGGCGUGGUAUUUGUAUAGCCCUGGCGCCAAGGUGCGGGUGCCGAGUGAUAUGCUCGUUGAGGGCGCGAAGCCGUGGCAGCCUGUGCAUAUUGACAUGGGAGAGAUUAUCUAAGAGAAAGAUGUUGGGAAAGUGGAAAAGGGGUAAAAAAACGAAAAAAGCAAAAUGUAUCGACUGUAAUUCAUCCAUCGGAGAGAGAAGAGGAUAGGAGAUGUGGCGGAGAACGUUGUCGAAAGGGUCGGGAGACAGGUGAUCCCGGACUUACCAAGAUGCCUUUUUGGGCAGUGUACAUUUUGAAGCAAGGACAUGUAGAAGGUCAAGCAUGUCUCUGUAAGAUGAAUAGAUUUGUAAAAACAAUGACACACUCCUCGAAAUGGGGCC